UUGUGUGGAUUUCGCGCGAAUUCUGCAGCAGGGCUUUUGCUUUCAUUCGUCGGCGACGCUGGUGGUCGUGCAUUGUUGCUGCUGCGAAAGAGAAACAAAGAUGCCCAGCACUCGUUCUCAGAGUCAGCCCACCCUGCAGUUCCCCCGCAGGAAGUCGUCCAGGGUGAACUCCACGCCGAAGAACGUGGUUCAGUCUCCUGACCCUGGCAGCAUAAAACUCAAUGGUGCUUUGCAACAGUCGCCUUCCUCAAAGUCUACCACUGUGAGAAACGACAAAGGUGCCCCACGGAGCCCCAGACAAGGUGUUUUGCCCCUUAGUCCUCGGAAACGCACAGGAGAUGAAAAUGGGUGCAACCUGCCCUCACAACUUAAGGGAUCGCCUCCAAAAUUGAUCUGCCGAAGGUUGCCAGCAUCUUCACCCCGCAAGCUGACUUUUGAUGAGAACAGCCCAGUGUGUUCUGUUCAGCACAAAGACCCAGCUUCCCCCAAGUCUACCUGUUCUGAGCAGGAGCCAUUGAACUCCCACUCGCCCGUAAAUUGUUCUUCACAGACUCCCGGCAGCACCCGGUCCUGUCCUGGGAAGCGUGCACCCGUCGUCCGGCUAUUUCCCUCAGAAGAGUCUCUCUAUCAGAGUGUGAAACAGGCCCUUCACACAACAGUUCCGGAGUGCUUGCUUUCCCGGGAAGCUGAGCGGGCAACCAUCCGUUCCUUUUUGGUGGAGCGGGUGUUGAGAGGACUUCCUUCGAGCCUCUAUGUUUCUGGGGCACCGGGCACAGGCAAGACAGCCUGCCUUAACUGUAUGCUGGAAGAGAUGGAGAAUGAUCUUCGGGCUGUGCAGACAAUAGUCGUCAACUGCAUGACUCUGCGCACUUCCCACUCCAUAUUUCCCCUGCUGUGCAAACGGCUUGGGGUUUCUGGGGAUAACCGAUGUCUCGAAAAGCUUCUAACCAAAGCAGGCCCUACAGUACUUCUGGUCCUAGAUGAGAUGGAUCAGCUGGACAGUAAAGCUCAGGACGUUCUUUAUUCACUCUUUGAGUGGCCUCACCUGCCUGGAUCUCGCCUCUGUCUCAUUGGUAUUGCCAAUGCGCUGGACCUGACGGAUCGCAUCCUGCCCCGAUUACAGGCUCGACCCAACUGUCGGCCCCAAUUGCUUCACUUCCCGCCUUACAGCAGACAGGAGCUGACCGCUAUAGUUCAGGAUAGGCUCUCAAAAGUUCCAGGCAGUGCUGUCUUGGACGCGGCCGCAGUGCAGUUUUGUGCCAGAAAAGUGUCUGCAGUUUCAGGAGAUGCUCGAAAAGCGUUAGACAUCUGUAGGAGGGCUGUGGAGAUGGUGGAGUCUAGGGCCAACAUGCCUAAUCAGUCGUCUGAACAGAGAGAAUUACGAGUGAGCGUGCCCCAGGUGGCGCAGGUGCUGUCCGAGGUCUACGGGGAUCGUAUGGCUGCAGGAGGAGGGGCUGAUGAGAGCUUCCCUCUCCAGCAAAAGCUGCUGGUCUGCUGUCUGCUGAUGCUGAUACGCCAGGGGAAAAGCCGUGAAGUCCAUCUUGGAAAGCUUCAGGAGGCAUAUAGUCGUCUGUGUGCUGAAAAGCAAGUGGUGGGUGUCGGCCAAAGUGAGUGUCUAUCCCUGUGCAGUCUGUUGGAGAGCAGAGGGAUCUUCUCCCUCAGGAAGGCCAAAGAGGCACGCCUCACAAAGGUGUCUCUAAAGAUUGAAGAGAGGGAUGUGGAGAAUGCCUUGAAAGACCGCGCACUCCUUGGCAGCAUUUUAUCAGCUGGUCUUCCAUGAUUUCUGGACAUGCAUCAGUUUGUGGCUGGAAAUGGAUAUUUUGUGUGCUUCAUGUAGCUUGGUAUUUCAGUGGUGUAUCCUAGCUUACUUUUUAUGCUUUUAUUAUUUUGGUUCUUUGGCUGGCCAGUGUUUUAUUGUCACAUCACCUAGUUCAAAUAAAGUUGUACAAUAGUCUGUUUUAACAAUUAGUAUUAAUAUUGCUUUACUUGCAAUGGGCAACUGAGAAAAUCUGACUUGUAUGAAAAUGUGCAUUAAAAUAAGUACAGAGUUCGAACAAGAAUUACACCAUUCGUGCUUUUCGGUCUGGUGAGCAUUAGUUCAAAUGAAAUUUCAGAUGACCUGAAAUUGUAUGGAUGGCUCAGUGGGCAGUAGGGUUGGGCGAUAGCAUGUCGUUAUUAUAAUUAUUGUUCAUGUGCAAUAAUCACCAGGGCUUUAGAUCAGUGAUUCCCAACCGGGGGUACGCGUACCCCUAGUGGUACGCGAGCACAUUACAGGGGGUACGUGGAAAAAAUUUUUAUAUUUAAUUUCCCUGAUGAUGGGUAAAUAUUAUCAGCCAUUCCAUUAGCUGUGCCUUGGUAUAGAAAGAAAAUCUAUCUGGGAUGUGUUGCUUAAUGAAUAACAAACCCAGCUUUUAUCAAUGAAAAGAGCAAAAAAAGACAUAAACUAUUGAAUCAUCAACACAUUUGACAAAGGGGGUACUUGUGGUAUGAGAAAAUCUCUCAGGGGGUACACAAUUCAAAAAAGGUUGGGAAACACUGCUUUAGAUGACGGGUGAAAUAUUUGGUCGGAUGCCAGUUUUCGGUACUAUACGGACUCUUGUUUGCUCCUGUAAUUUGGUAAGCAGGUUAGUAGUAUGGCAAAAAUAUUAAUGAGAUGCGUUUUGUGAUGCUCAAAAGUUAGUGAUAUGUAUGAACUUGGCAUUUUUGUUUAAGUUUCAUAGGUGGAGCACACCGCGUGAUUGCGGUCUGUUAUACUAUGGUUUGGUAUCCUUCAGUGUGAUAUGCACUGAAAUGGCGGUGAAGCAAGGAUAAGCAAGGUAAAAAGACGUUAGUGGUGUGGUGGUACUUUUUGCAGUUUAAAAUCCGACAUUUUUUUUAAACCAGGAUAUGCCGAAUUUAUACUGAUUGCUGACUCUUGGGCAUUGGGCCUCAAUAUUUUAGCUGUACUACUAAACUGCUUACCAAAUUGUUUGCAUGAAUAAAUGUUUGUAUGGUGCAGAAAAGCUGGCGUCAGGCCAAAUGUUUUUGCCCAUCACCUGAAGCCCUGGUGGUUUUUACUCAUGCGUGAUAUAAUAUCGGUAUGAUAUCGCCGGGCAGCAUUGUUAGCUCAUACCUCCAGGGUUGCUGGUUCUGUCCUGCACGUGGAGUCUGGAUGUUGUGCAAAUUUAGUAUUGCUGCUCAGAGACAUGUAGCUUAGCUAAUUGGUAUCUGUGAAUUGCCCAUAGACUGAGCCUGUAUUUGCUCUGUGGUGGACUGGCAUCCUGUUCAGGGUGUUCCCCAGCCUUUUGCUAUAUGCUACCUGGGAUACACGCCCCCUCAUAACCCUGGUUAGUGGUUUCCUUUCAUGCUGUUACAGCUGUGGUCACUUUGGAAUGUUUCUGGUUUAAUGUUGAUGCUUAAAAUGGGAAAUUAGAAUUGCAUGGUCAUUCAAUUCUAAAUGACAGGUAGUAUUUGCAUUCGUAAAUUGAACGGCAAUGCAGAAUAGCAUAUUUGAAACUAGUGGUUUGACACUUUGUGCAGAAUUCUAGGAAAAAGUAUUACAGCCCCCAUCAGGAUUAUUUCCAAAACAGACUUUUGGUUGUUUCAACGUUUUGUUCAGAGGGUGUACAUUUCCCUUUGACCUCGGGCAUAAACUUUUAAGGACUGCAGUUGAAAACCUCUGCCUUAGCAUGUCUUUGGACUGUGGGGGGGAAACCCCAUGAAACCCGUAGGGAACAAACCCCCCCCCCCACACACACAGCCGGAGCAGAGACUGAAGCCCCUGGUCCCACAGGUGGGAAGCAACAGUGCUAACCACUGCACCUCUGUGCCCCCCUGUUUUAAGUGACAUAUUUAUAUUUACAAAUUCUUAAACCAUAGUUGUUGAAUAUUAUAUGCAUUAUAGCGGCAUGUGCUGUGUUUCCCUACCUGCCUUAAAUUGCAGGUGCAUUGUUGUUAGUAUGUAUUUUAAUUUCCAAUGCAAUGGACGGUAUCCAUAACACUUCCUUAUGUCCAUCAAUAAGUCCUUUAGCUAUUUCAUUGUCACAUUUUAAGCAAUAAAGGUCUGUUUUAACAAAUCUGGUUGAACAAAAUGUAAAAGCUGUAUUUGAAUCUUGCAAUUUAUAUAAUCUAGUCGUUUGAUCCAUUCAGUGGAACAAAAAACCAGCUCAAAAGUCGCUGUCGUGUUAUAAAUACCAUAGAUGUUCAAUUAUAACCUCGCCUCCCACACUACAGCUUCGCUGCAUCAUUCUUUCAAGCCUCAACACGCUUUUCUCUGGUUAACUUUGCAUAUACCAAGUUACGAGUCCCACACAAAAAACCCAAAAAUUGUUUUUUUUUGGUUCCUUUCAAAUUCUCUUUCAGUAUAUGCAAGCGAAAUUUCCUUAAGUUAAAUGUAAAAGAUGUUAUGAUAUAGGAAAAGUAAUGUAAUAGAAACUUGUGCCAUUAUAAACAAAAUGAAAAUGAAAUAAUUUACAUGUAUUGGCCAGUUACGGGGGCGGCAUGGUGGUGCAGUGGUUAGCACUGUUGCCUCACACCUCUGGGACCCGGGUUUGAGUCUCCGCCUGGGUCACGUGUGUGUGUGUGUGUGGAGUUUGCAUGUUCUCCCCAUGUCGUUGUUGGGUUUCCUCCGGGUACUCCGGUUUCCCCCCCACAGUCCAAAAACAUGCUGAGGCUGAUCGGAGUUGCUAAAUUGCCCGUAGGAUUGCAUGUGUGAGUGAAUGGCAUGUGAGUGCGCCCUGUGAUGGGCUGGCCCCCAUCCUGGGUUGUUCCUUACCUCGUGCCCAUUGCUUCUGGGAUAGGCUCCUGACCCCCCGCGACCCAGUAGGAUACGCGGUUUGGAAAAUGGAUGGAUGGCCAGUUACAUCUGCAGCCUGGACUUUGUAAGAUAUAUGUCGAGCUUUUAUUUUCAUGAAGUGGACCUGUCACCUCUUUUGUUUAUCAGAGUAUUUAUCAUUGCCGUAUCAAGGUGCACCGUUCAGUGUAGAGUAUAAAAGAGACAACUGUUAUCUCUGGGUAUCCAUGGAGACUGCUGCAUAAACAGAGCUCGGAGUUUUACUUACACAAAUGUACUGAGGGCAGAAAGAUUGGUUCAGUGAGAUAGCCAAUCAGAUUAUAGAGGAUGUGGGUCCAAGACAUUUGAUUUGCCAGAAUUGAUCAAGGGGUGACUUUUUGUGAGACUUCCUUUUAUGCCCUGGUUUUGGGUAGGACUAAUGAGAUGAGGCUGUGAACCAGGUAUGAUGGUGUGGGUAAGCAUACAGUCAUGCGAGUCAAGAGAACUAAUUUCUGAGGGAUAGGACCUCAUUGAGAAUUCCUGUCAGGUUCAAAUGUUCAUCAUAGCGUAGCUGAAGGAAGGUUCCUAGGGGAGCAGUUACUCUUUGUGCUAUAACUCCUUUGGUCUUCCCAUUAACAAUGGCAGGUCUUUCUUUUUACUGGAUACUCCUGAACAGAUAAAGGUUUGCGUUUCCAUUACUGUACCUUUGUUUUUACACAACAAAGUUUUCAAAGGGAUUUGUCAAUGUAUAAACUCCCUUUGAAGAAUGUUAAGGACUAACAACUGUUCCAACAAAGUGAAAAGGCAGUGGAUACUAUAUCAAAUACAAAUCAAGACACAAGCUAAACCUUGAUGGUUCAAAUCAGGUAGGGUGACCAUAUAAUCCAUGUCGGGGAGGAAGCUAGGACAGGAUUUGUAAACUACUAUAUUAGGUAACAGGGUCUAAAGUUCACGUAAGCACUGAGUUCUUGCUAUGUGCUGAUUGGUCAGUCUCCAAUAAUCACAUGUGCCACUAAUGUUAAUGUGAAACAGCUGGAUGAGUUUUUCAAUCAAGGAAACAAGUAAAAGAGCAAGAGGAACUGAACUAUGUAGCCAAGCACAGGAGCCUUUCAGUUUUAAAGUAGUUCGUAAAACCCAAAGUAGCUCAAAGUGUCCCCCUGACAUGGGUUAUCUGCUCAGGGACAUCACAAUAAGUGCAGCAUUUUACUUUGAUUCCUUGUCGCUCAGCAAACUGCCUUGGGUGACGUUGGAUCAUAUGCAAGAUUUACUCUGUGCCACCAAUCUUCAGACCUGCUAAUAUUGCAUUUGUUUGCAGCCAUUUAAGUAGCAAUUCAUUUCAGCAAAACAGCAUUUUGCAAGAAUCCAGUAAAAUAGCAAUGCAUCCAUACAUAUUCAUAGUAUUUAUAAGUUAUUCAUAGUGAUGUGAAAUAAUACAAAGCUGUCACUUGAUUGGCUGUUGUGUGAAUCGCAGACUGUGGAUAACGAGGCAAUACUUUAUUGCAAGGCUGCAUGAAAGACUGGAAGAAAUAUCUAGUUUCUGCAUCAGUGCCACGGACAUUGCUAAUGUGAAUUUUCAGUCCAGUCAUUGAUGACCAUAUACAGUUUAAAAAUUACUUUAGGAAACUCAAGGGGUUGACAAAAUUAUGCGAACACCAAAUAAUAUACAAAUAUCAAGUAACCAACAAAGUAUAUAAGCAGUCAUACAUGUCUUGAACUUCGUGUAGUGGGAUAUUCCAGGUUUUUUCAGGAUAAAGGAAGCAGAAAUUUGUUUAGCACUUUUCACUCCACAACUUCCCAUUACAGUUGGUGAUGGAAGUUGUUUCAUUCUAAUUUGUUUAGCAGUGUUUAAGGGGACAUUAUCACACUCCAAUAUGAGAAAAUCAGGAUAGAUGAGUGUUUGCAUGACCAGCUCAUCUGACAAUAUUACGCACAAGUUUAAUGCUAUAUGCUACCUGGGAUACGCGCCAGGUUAACACAAGAUAUCACUUUGGGUUAUUUUUGUGGCUGUGCUUUGUGUCAUGUUUAGCAACCAUCCUGUUAAGUGUCUACCAGCGUUGACUUUGCCAAUGCUGUUUGUUGGCACAAGUUGCAAUGUUUUGAAACUGUUCCUCCCAAUGUUUCAUUUGUGACUAAUGCACCUGUCAUUUUGCUGUCAUGUUUAGUCAUGUCACCAUUUGAACUCCCAUACUGUUAAUUGUAUUCAGUUUAAUAUGACUCACCUGUGGAGUUGACUGUGAUUUAUCCGUCAACUCAUCAACCCAUCAGUCUGUCCUCUAGCUGUUUGUAUAGGGUCAUGGGAGGUCUGCAGCCUAUCCCAGGCAGCACGGGAUUCAGACUAGGAACACCCUAGACAGUAGGUUUGCUACCCAGUGAGCAACUGUGCUGCCCGUAUGUACAACCUUGAUUAAAUUAGUACAUGUAUCACUAUAGGUACAUGGUUUUUAAUACAUUGAUUUUGUCCUGGCCACCCAAAUUCAAAGUGCUUGAUUCAAUGUUUUAUGUAAUUCCUGACUGAAAAGAAUGAAGAUUGAAAAACAAUGAACAUGACGUUCAUUGGGGAAGAUGGUGGCACAGGAGGUAGUGCUUUCAUUCGGAACUGGAGGGUUGCAGGUUCGAGCCCUGGUUCCUCCUGACCCCAUCAAAGUGUCCUUGAGCAAGACACUGAACCCCAAAUUGCUCCCGGUGAGCAGGUUGGCACCUUGCAUGGCAGCCUCCGCCACCGGUGUGUGAAUGAGUGUGUGGAUGGGUGAAUGUGAGGCAUGAAAUGUAAAGCGCUUUGAGUAGGCGUUGUCAGUUGCUACUUAGUAAAAAGAAAGAAGGAAGAAAUCACCAUUUCCAAAAA